AUGCUUAUGAGUAUAACAGGAGCACAACUUGGAACUGCUUUUCAACUGCUGGUGUCGGGCUUCAUAGCUGACUACUGGGGCUGGCCCGCUAUUUUCUAUAUCAAUGGAGCUCUAGGUGCUAUAUGGACUGCAGCUUACGUCAUGCUCGGUGCAGAUUCUCCCCAAACCUCAAAAAUGAUCAGCGCCGAAGAGAAAAUUUAUAUACAACACUCUCUAGGUCAAGUUGGUGAACAGAAAAAACUUAAAACUCCUUGGAAAGACAUUUGGACAUCACUCCCAUUCUAUGCUGUAAUUAUUGCACAUUGUGGACAAAACUGGGGUUUUUGGACGUUGAUGACCGAAAUCCCUUCAUACAUGAAGAAAAUACUUGGAGUGGAUAUUAAAGCAAAUGGCGCCAUGUCAGCUCUCCCGUACUUGGUCAUGUUUAUACUGGGCUUUCCCUUCGGCUUUGUGUCAGAUUAUGUUCUCAAAAAGCAAUGGAUUAGCAUCACCGUCUGUAGAAAAAUUAGCAACACGAUUGGUAUAUGGGGGCCGGCGGUGACUUUAAUUGGUUUGUCGUACGUACCGGCGGGUAACAUUGUGUUAGCCGUGACACUAUUGACAGUUGUGGUGGGGCUCAAUGCUGGACAGUAUACCGGAUAUUUACUUGUUCAUAUCGACAUGGCGCCGAACUUUGCAGGAUCGAUGAUGGGAAUAACCAACUUCUUCGCUAACAUUAUCUCAAUCAUGGCGCCACUCAUGGCUGGUCUUAUCCUACAAGAUGAGAGGGAUCCCUAUCAGUGGUACCAAGUAUUUUAUCUGUCGUCUGGUAUAUACUUCGCUUCAAACCUGUUCUUCAUUAUAUUUGCUACGAGUGAGAGGCAGAAAUGGAACGAACCCAUUACUGAUGACGAACCUGAAAGAACUACGAAGGCCGUUUAA